CGGGACCAAGUGUGAGGUUUAUAACUAGGUUGUGUCGCCGUCUCUCCCUCAUCAAUUGCAAUUCUUCCUUUGCAUCAUUCUCCGCGAAGAAUUCAUUUCAGCAACAGAAAAUGUCUGGAAGAGGCAAAACCGGAGCAAAGGCCCGUGCUAAGGCCAAGACCCGCAGCUCCCGCGCCGGACUGCAGUUCCCCGUGGGCCGUGUGCACCGUCUGCUCCGUAAGGGUAACUAUGCCGAGAGAGUGGGCGCCGGGGCCCCCGUCUACCUGGCCGCUGUCCUCGAGUACCUGACCGCUGAGAUCCUGGAGCUGGCCGGCAACGCCGCCAGGGACAACAAGAAGACCCGUAUCAUCCCUCGCCACCUCCAGCUGGCUGUCCGCAACGACGAGGAGCUGAACAAACUGCUCGGCGGUGUGACCAUCGCUCAGGGCGGCGUCCUGCCCAACAUCCAGGCCGUCCUGCUGCCCAAGAAGACCGGCCAGUCCGCACCGAGCUCCGGCAAAGCGGGAAAGAAGGCCUCCUCUCAGUCUCAAGAGUAUUAGCUUGUUGGCUAAUAACUUUAAACCCAAAGGCCCUUUUAAGGGCCGCCCACGGUUCAUUGAAAGAGCAACUAUUCACGUGUCCCUCUGUCUUGUGUGACUUUUCGCAUGAGGUUUUUUUUUAUUUAAUAAACGCCUGUUUUGUACAAACUGUGUUUAAUAUUCGUUGACAUCAGGCUAACAUGCUACUUGCUAGUUUUGUGAAAGGUUUGCUCGUAAAGUCGGUGCCUUUGUGUUUAGCCGACUGGUCAGCCAUUGAUAGGCCUCACUGACUAUGAAAUGUGAGUUUAAGAACAGCUGGGUCGCCAUUCAUUAGUUACCGGUUAGCUGGCCUUUAAGCUACAUGCCUGGAGGGAAAUCAUGGCCUGAUCUUAUCGACAUGCACGACUGGUUCAUGGGCCAGGGGCUGCAGCAUGGCGGGCUAUUCAUCUGGUUCUUUGUAGCAUGACUGUGCAAGCUGCCUUUAAGUUUCUGUUGAGUGGAAAUAAAACCUGAAGUGCAAAUUC